AUGCAGACUGCUUCUACAAACAUUUGUGAAAGACUGUGCAGUAAAUUCACCCGUACAAUUUCCUUGCUACUAAAUAUUCCACAGUCAACUUUUAGUGGUAUUAUAACAAAGUGGAAGCAACUGGGAACAACAGCAACUCAGCCACGACAUGGUAGGCCACGUAAAAUGACAGAGCGGGGACAGCACAUACUGAAGUGCACAGUGCACAGAAGUCGCCAACUGUCUGCAGAAACAAUAGCUAAAGACCUCCAAACUUCAUGUGGCCUUCAGGUUAGCAAAACAAUAGUACAUAAAGAGCUUCAUGGAAUGGGUUUCUAUGGCCGAGUAGCUGCAUCCAAGCCUUAUAUAACCAAGUGCAAUGCAAAGCGUUGGAUUCAGUGGCGUAAAGCACACCAUCACUGGACUCUA